AUGGGUUCUAAAUCUGAUCAGUCCCUUCCUCGAUUGAACACUCUCGAGAUCAAAGCCCUCAUUUACCAGAAAAUCGGGCAUUCAAGAGCAAACACUUACUUCAAUCACCUCGGAAAAUUCCUCACCUCGAGGAUAGGCAAGUCGGAGUUCGAUAACCUCUGUAUCAAGACCAUCGGUAAAGAACACAUCCUUCUUCACAACCGUCUAAUACAUUCGAUUCUCAAGAACGCAACCGUUGCUAAAUCUCCUCCGCCGAGAUAUCUUCUCAAGAAACCCGGAAACAGCCCUCCUUCGCCGCGAAAAUGCAGGUCGAGGAAGCUCAGAGACCGGCCGAGUCCGCUCGGUCCACUCGGGACGCCUCAGAGUAUAACUACUACGAACGAUGAGUCAGCGUCGAAGGUGAGAAGACUUGCUUCUGUAGAAGAUGGAGAAGAGGUUGAGCAGAUGAAUGUGCAGAGCAUAAGAAGAAGCUCGUUAACAGCUCCACUCGGCGUUUCCAUCAACGGAGCUCGAAAUCGGAAGUCUUCAUCUUUACGCGUCAAUGGUUGUGAAAGAAGCAGCGAGCUACCUGAUACGAACACGUUGAGGACUCGUUUGGAGAGGAAACUGGAGAUGGAAGGGAUGAAGUUAUCCAUGGAGUCUGCGAAUGUUUUGAAUAUUGGAUUGGAUGCGUUUAUGAGAAGGCUUAUCGAGCCUUGUUUGAGUUUGGCUAGCUCUCGGGGCCGACAAAAGCCUGCUUCGAUGUUAGAUUUUCUUGCUGCUGUGGAGUUGAAUCCUCAGGUUCUUGGAAAGGAUUGGCCUAUACAGCUAGAGAAGGUUUGUUCUCGUGCUUCGGAUGAGUAA